UUUAGUUUUCUCGUCUAAAGACUCACCAAUUCAUGGAAGAUCCUUCGAAGAUCAUUGAAGAUGCUGUUCUUUGUUAAAUAAAUUAUAUUGUAAUUAAUUUUUGAAAAAAAAUUUAAUUUGUAUAAUAUUUGAAACUGAAAUAAAGAAAAUGAUGGAAGGUGAACUGAAAUAUAACAUUGCUAAGUUAGUCGAAGAUUUAAGGUUUGUUAUAAAGUCAGAAAAAGAGAUCGAAGACAUUAUCCAAAUUUUAGACUCGAUUGUCAAUGUUAGCAAAACUUCUAUUGGAGAAGCUACUGAAUUCACAGUGGACGAUGUCUUUUUAACUUUAUUGCAUCACGAAUCUAAAGAAAUCAUUGUGAGAACUGCUAAAGCAAUCGCUGAAAUUGCCAAGAAUGAAAGGGGAAGAGAGAAAUGCACCAGUAUAGAUCUAGUGAACGCAUUAAUAGAUCUCUUAAAGGAUGAUCGAAUUGAUGUAUUGACACAAACAUCCAGAGCUUUGGGAAAUAUUUGUUACGAGAAUGAAAAUGGAAAGAAAUUCAUUGACGACAAUAAUGGGUUGACUUCAAUUCUGGCAGUAUUGGAGAAAAGUGUAACACUGAAAAAUGUAGAAGGAGUACCAUUUCUCCGUAAUGUUGCUGCAGGACUUCUGCUGAACUUUCUUCUUGAUCGAUCGUCUCUUCAUAAAGAAGCAUUGCAACAGGAAACAGUACCUAUUAUCUGCAGUAUUUUGGAAAUCGAUGGAACUACAGGUGGAGAAGCUGCGAUGCAUGCACUUCCAAUACUAGGAAUACUGGAUGAUGCUAAUAUAGAGUUUCUAGAUGAAAGGCUUACAAAAAUUUUGAUUGACAUUUUGGCCAGCGAUACAUCUUCGGAACUUUCUGAAAUGUGUUUGGAACUUCUUCAUGGUCAAGCAGAGAAUGAGAAUGUAAAGUUAUUGCUUGCAAAAGCAGGUGUUUGUGAAUUAUUGUUAAAACUUCUGGAAAAACAUAGUCCAUAUUGUACUGACGAAGAGACUAGGUUAUUGUUAAAACUUGCCUGCAAUUUAAUCGUCCUUGUAUUAACUGGAGAUGAGAGUAUGAACUGUCUCUAUGAUAAUAGUAAUGGGAUUGUAUAUAAGAAACUAGUUCAGUGGCUUGAAAGCGAGGACAAGGAUUUGCAAAUCACAGCGGUGCUGGCAAUGGGUAAUUUUGCGCGCACCGAUGCCCAUUGUAAGCUCAUGGUUACUCAAGGUGUUCACCGCAAUCUCCUUAAACUGCUUCAGAGCAAUAAUACAAAUACUGCUGAUGUAAGAUUCCAGUAUGCUUUACUCAGUGCUUUGAGGAACCUUGUCAUUCCUGCAGAAAACAAGCCUAUAAUAUUGCAAGAUGGAUUAAUAGAUGUUUUGUAUUCGAUGCUGGAUAUUCAAUCAUGUACCGUGGUUAUUAAAUUAUUGGGAACAUUAAGGAUUGUUAUCGAUGGCCAAUGCGAAGCUGCCAUAGAGUUAGGAAAAAAAAAUAAUUUAAUAAAGAAAACUGUUGAAUGGUGCGAAGUUGAAGAACUUCCUGAAGUAUUUCAAGGUGAAGCACAUCGCUUAAUGGCUUGGCUGAUCAAUAAUAGCAGGAAUAAGGAAAUUUCACUUUCGGUAAUAGAACAUGGAGCAGUGAAACAUUUAGUCAAUAUGCUAAUGGCACAUCAUAUUCUAAUGCAGAAUGAAGCUUUAAUUAGUUUGAUGAUAUUGACCACAAGCUGUUUAUCUGAAUGCGAAAAGCUCCUUCUCGAGGCUGAUAUAGGAGAAAAACUCUGUAAAUUCUUUGAUACUGUGAACAAUCUAGAAAUACCAAUUUUGCAAAACAUUGUGUCUCUAUUGGAUAAUAUUACUAAUUCAGGUACAUUAAGAGAACAUCUUGGAAAAACUAACUUAAGAGCAUUAUGUCAAAAAGUGGCUGAAAAUAAAGGAAAUUCAACUCUUCAAAACAGAUUACAAGAGAUUUGUGACAAACUUAAUUAAAUAAUGGAAGAAACUCGAAACGUUUUUUUAUGAAAUACUGUCAUCCAAUAGAAUAUACAAUUUUUUCCUAAAAAAAAAAGAAAAAAAAAGUGAACCUUGAUGCUGAGAUAUGAUAACCAUUUCAUAUGUAAAGCAAUAUUUUUAUAAAACGUCCGAUGUGUACGAUUAUAAAGAUCAAUUCAUAUUGAAACAAUAAAAUAGAAUAUUUAAUUUCAUCCAUUCAGAAGUGGUAAGUAACGACAAUACAUGAAAAAAUUGUUUGAAAUCGGCAUCAUGUUUUUAACUAAAAUCACAAGCAUUCAAUUAAAUAAUCCAUUUAUUGAAUUAAGAUGAAUAUAAUUGUGUAAGAUGAAUAUACUUUGUAUAUGUAUCUAUUAUGUGGUCAAUUGCUACUUAAUAUAAAUGUGAUUAAUCAGUUGACUAACUAUGGGAAAAUUCUAAAGAUUUGUGAAUACAAAAUCCAGUAGGUGGAUGUAUAAUUAUUCGCCGUUUUUUAAAAACGAUAAUUGUCCAAAAACUGAACAUCAGAAUACACUCGGAAUAUGUUGAUAAACUACUUCCUGAAAAAGUUUUGCAGGAGCCACAACGGUACGAAAAAAACACGCCAGAUGAUUAUGGAUCAACCCGGUAUAUAUACUUUUAGGAAUUUGACCAAACUAUAUUAUUUACAUGACCAUUUAUGAGAUUAAUAUUAAAAUAAAUCUAUAUAUGAGAACUUCUCAUAGUUGAAAUGUUUAUUUGCUUUAUUAUUCUCAAAGAAUGCAUGCAUUCUUUGUAAUUGCAAUUACUUUUGAAAGUUUGACAUUGUGUUUCUACUAAGAUGAUCAAGAAAUUACUCCUUUAGAUUUGAUAUUGUUUAAAAACUACUAACAAUAUCAAUGAAUUUAUAUUAAAUGUCAUAGCUUUAGUUUCUUUAUUUUUCAACUAUUGAUAAAUCACAGUUUUAUUAUUGUAUCUUUACGGUGUAAUCAGAAAAAUUAAAUAAAUGUCUAAACUAAUCUA